AGAGGGAGAAGCAGGCUCCAAGCAGGGAGCCCGACGCGGACCUCGAUCCCAGGACCCCGGGGUCACGCCCUAGGCCAAAGGCAGGUGCUCAACCGCCGAGCUGCCCAGGGAUCCCUCUUUGUUCCGUUUCAUCAGUGGCCAACACGCGUGGAUUUCCAGGCUACUUGAGCCGCAGACCAUGAAGGGAAGAGCCCGUGACAUUAGAGCUUUAUCACCGCACCAAGGAGUCUUAGAAUCGCAAGGCACCCCCCCCCCCAUGCAGUAACUUCUUUACCAGCGUGUCUGGCACGUGGUCAUGCAGAUGCAGGACAGGCACCGCUCCGGGCCCAGCUCACACACACACAAAAUCAGACCGUCUUUUACCGAGUCCCCGUAGCGGCUCUAAGGUUGUCCCACUCUUGUGUCGAGCUACAUUGUGCCUUCGGUGACUCUCGCACCCGGGGCCUGAUGCCACCUGCCAGAGCAGCCGCCGAGUGAACGAAGGACGCAGGAAGGAUCUUCAGACACGGGCUGGUCUGGCAAGCUCCUUAAAUUGCUUUUUGUUUUGACGGAUCUCAGACUCUUCCCCGUUUUGAAUGACUCCUUUUGGACAGGAGUCACUGUAAAUGCUCUUCUCCAACCAACCAAACAAUAUCCAACACCGUGGUGAAUAGUCUCCAGUAACACAGUUAGGUAAUAGGGGCUACCGCCCCCACACCCGCUGCACUCCAGCUUGGGGUUCAGAGACUUGUACAUUUCACCCGAAGAUGAUAAACACACAGUCAAGCCCAGACCUGCCUGUGCAAAAGAGAAGCCCCGAACCCACCAUAGAGGGAGGGACGGCGGCAGUUCACCGGCUUACACCUACGUGCUGGUGGCUGGCUUUGCUCUGCCCAGGCAGGGACCGGAGACGUGGCUUGGGAUUGUGGAAGGUAGAAAUUUGUGAGAUGGGUCCCCUUCAUGAUGCUGGCUCCUCUAAUAGGUGUAAAAUCUAUGACAAGGGGCCAAGAAAACCCUGCUAUAGACCCCAGGAAGUGAUGAGAAAGUUCAGUAGGGCUUUAGGUAAAAUUAAAAAAAAAAAAAUAUAUAUAUAUAUAUAUCAAUCAUGCUGGAGAAAUUACCCUCCAGUCUUGCGAUAUGCGCUGAUUUGAGGCCUGAUAUCAUCCACCAGGACAGUGAGCCUCACACUGAGGAAUUACAUAAGAACUGAUGGGGACCGUUGGCAUUCCUAGGACCUUGCCAGCAGCAAAAUGCAAAACAGUUCUCCAUGAAUUUCCCCUGCAAUAUAGGUCAGAUGGGACGCUCACAGGGAAACAAUUAUAAAACCUCAAUGGAAGUGUACGGAGAGGAGGACGUAAGAACAGUGCUCGUUACGUUCGUGGAAGAGUCAGCAGUCACGGUAAGAAAAUUCACGUCCCAAGAGCUGCAGGUAACGAAGUAAGGUAAAAGAUAAUAAAACAAGUAUGCCAAAAAUGUAAAAUCAGCUAAAAUGGAAAAAAAAAAAAAAGGAAGAGAAACCCUCACAAGAAGAAGAACAGUAUGAUGAAAACAGUAGGAUUUCCUCAAAAAAUCAGUUGGACCUAAUUUAAGGACUUAGGAACCAGUCUCCAGUAUUAGCAAGUCCGUGAAAAAGUCAGUAGCACAACUGAGAUAGUUGAGUUGGUGACGUAGAAGGUGGUCCCCAGAAAAGUACCCAAAAGUGCAGGAAGGGAGGGAAAAGGGAGGAAAGAAUAACUGUGAGCCGAAGAGACGUAGGGGAGAGCGAGAAACUGCAGCGGGUUUGUGCUGGGACAUCUAGGGCCGACUCACAGGGGCCCUGGAGAAGCAGCCCUGAAAAUAUAAUAACUGGGAGCCUCAGAAACGAAAGAAAUACCUGAAAACUCCACCUAAGGAAGCGCGAGGGCUCCCAAGCUGGCUGGCUGCAGUGCGGGGUCCUUGCACACAUGGCUGCUGUGAACACGGGUCUCGGUGUGCCUGGGUGUGCCCGGGUGUGCACUGGGGCUGGUGGUGCCGUCGGGUGUGCAUGGGUGUGCACGGGGCUGGCGGUGCCAUCGGGCGCACAAGGGUGUGUAUGGGAGCUGGUGGUGCCGUCGGCUGUGCACAGGUGUGCAUGGGUGUGCACGGGGGCUGGCGGUGCUGUAGGGCACGCGUGGUAUGUAUAGGUGUGCACAGGGUUUGGCGGUGCCAUCGGGCGCACAAGGGUGUCCACGGGGGCUGGCGGUGCCGUUGGGUGUGCAUGGGGGCUGGCAGUACUGUUGGGUAUGCAUGGGAGUACAUGGAUGUGCACAGGGGCUGGUGGUGCCAUCGGGCAUGCACGGGUGUACAUGGGUGUGCACCAGGGCUGGCGGUGCCAUUGGGCAUGCACAGGCAUGCACGAGUGUGCACCGGGGCUGGCGAUGCCAUCGGGCACACACGGGUGUGCACAGUGGGCACUGGGCACUGGGGCUGGUGGUGCUGAUGGGUGUGCACUGGUGUGCAUGGGUGUACAUGGGGGCUGGCUGGUACCAUCAGGUGUGCACAGGUGUACACGGAUGUGCACAGGGACUGGUGGUGCCGUUGGGCAUGCACUAGUGUGCACGGGUGUGCACCGGGGCUGGUGGUGCCGUCAGGUGUGCACAGCGCCCACGGGGUAGCUGUGAGCCAAGGCUGCGCAGACCCGGUCCGUGAUCUGUGACCCCAGCUGUGGAUGCGGGGACCCUGCUUCACCACCGCCUCGGGUGGGGACCAAGGGCUCACCCUGGAGCAUGUGAGGAGCGUGCGCAGGCAACGUCCACACUGGCCCGGCUCCUGCUGCGCCCGUACUGCUGCUGGCAGCACUACCUGUACUGAUGGCUGAGCAGUGGGACCGGGGACCUCGGUGCCCAGCUCCCCCUCCUCCUCCCUCCCCGCCGUCUCGGCCCCAGGGUCCCGGAACCUCACACCCUUACUCACAUUCCUCUCCUAGGUGGGAAAAUCCCGAAAAUCCGCCGGUCCUCCCCGACCUCCGUUGCCAGCACAGUCAGGGCCUGCCGGGGGGUCUUAGGGACGAAGGUGCGAGGUUCGGUGCGAAGAACGUGAUACUUGGGAAGAACGCAGCCGAGCUAGGGGCCCAGCAUCCCCACUGACACCCGCGGAAAUCUGUCCUCGCACCGCUUAGCCCAGCAGUGAAAGAAACCUACUUCCGGAGAUGCAGCUGCAGGUUAGGGCGGUGGCAGCGCUGGAAAGGUAGAGGGAGGACACACUUGAGAUGCUUCCAAAGACGGGGCUGGAGGAGUUGCCCAGGAUUCGGCUUCACCCGGGACGUGCGGGAGCUCGUGAAGAUGCUGCAGCUGCGCUACCCCUUGGAGAUCCAGCUGUCCGCCGGCUGCGAGGUGCGCCCCGGGAACACCUCUGAGGACUUCUUCCACGCAGCCGUCCAGGGGGAAGAGAUCCUGAGUUUCCAAGGGUCUCACUGGGUGCCCGCACCCCAGGCCCCGCGCUGGGUGCACAGGGCCACCAAGGAGCUCAACAAGGACCAGGGGACCAGGAGGACGGUGCAGGAGCUCCUCCAGGACACCUGCCCCCCUUUUGUCAGAGGCCUGCUCGAGGCAGGGAGGUCGGAACUGGAGAAGCAAGUACGACCCGAGGCCUGGCUGUCCGCGGGCCCCGCUCCCGGGCCUGGCCGUCUGCGGCUGGUGUGCCACGUCUCCGGCUUCCACCCCAAGCUUGUGUGGGUGACGUGGAUGCGGGGCGAGCAGGAGCAGCGGGGCACCCGGCAAGGCGACGUCCUGCCCCAUGCUGAUGGCACGUGGUAUCUCCGAGCGACCCUGGACGUGGCGGCCCGGGAGGUGGCCGGCCUGUCCUGCCGGGUGAAGCACAGUAGUCUAGGGGGCCAUGACAUGGUCCUCCACUGGGGGGGGAGCCGCUCCUCCGCGUGGCUGGUCGCCGUGGCCGUGCUGGGGUCCCUCCUGGUGAUCGGGUGCCUUGGAUGCUCAGCCGCCUGGUGCAGGGCGCGCCGCUCCUAUCAAGACAUCUUGUGACUGUGCUCGCCGCACCUGCCCGUGUAGGACUCAGGACCCCAAGGGCCCAGGACAUGGGCGCAGCGGCUGAGGGUGAAGAAGGGCUGCCCCGGGGACACAGGACACUCACAGGGCAGCUCGCAUCAUAGCCCUUUAACAGUCUAAGGUCAAAGCUCUUUCUCAGUAAACUGCAAGUUUAUAAACCGCAAGGGGUUCUGUAAACCUGGGCGUGCAAAGGUCCGGGGGCAAGCAGGGAACCGCGCUCGAGGCCCUGUGCGGCCGUCGGUGUUGGGGUGGCGCCCUCGGCCACGAUUUGGGAAGCGCUCCUGCCCCAGGAAGUCGGAGAGGAAGGGGCGCAUGAAUAGAGGAAGAGCCUACAUUUUCCAGGGGAGCGGACGGCUGGGUUCUCGCGCGAGCCCCUUAACACGGGCACUCGAGCUCUUCCAAGAUGCGUGCCCCACGCCGCGUUCCCCUGGGCGGCUCCCGGAUGGCCGCGGGCGGUCUCAGGGUUCGGGUCUCUUUUGGAAAAGAGCUGGUCCUGAAUGACAGGUUGGUAGUUCGGGGGCACAGCUGCUUCUGCGAAUUUGGCUUUAUCAAGGGCGACAUGUUCCUCUUUCAGAGAAAGGCUGUGAGAAACGGGGGUUUCUCAGGGUUUAUUUGCUGUAACUGAUUUGCAAAGGGGAAAUGGGAGCGGGUUAGGAAAAAACAAAACAAAACAAAAAGUUACUCUGGGUGGGGCAGUUUUUCCCAAAUGGCCAGUCGCUUUGUUGAGAUUGGAGGAAGGGAGUCCUGAAGGAGUCGGCUUGGGCCGGGGCUGCGCUGGUCCCGCCCAGUUGGGGACCCUCGAGUGUCUCCGGGAAGUGGGGCUAAACUUUGGAGAGUGUUUGCUGGAGAGAAUUAGGAUAUUCGGCCUCUUGUAUGCUGGGCCCGCAGGUGGAGCCUUGGAUGUGGGCGAGGACCUCCCGGCUCCCAGGGCCCUGGUUCCCAGCUGCCUUCUCCUGACCGGGACCCCGUCUCGGCCCUACUAAGUGAGGGACGGGAGCGGGGCCCCCGGAAUGUGUGUCUGAACAGGCCUUUGGGGGGUUCUGACGUUCAGACGCGGCGCCUCGACUUUGGGGAACGCGGUGCCACGGAUUCCUCCGACAGCUAGUGGGGCCCUGGGCCUGGGCUUAGUCGGGGGUGGGAGGGGCCUUCCUGGAAGGGGAGGCGGAGGCGAACCAGCAAGGGCCUUGGCCGCGGGGUCCUCCUGUGUCAAGUGGAAGCAGGAUCCUGACUCAGGCGCCCGGCCUUGGGCCCCAGCCUGCAGAACGGGGUAUAAGCCACCCCUUCCUUGGCAUCUGGGCACAGCGCCCGGUGGGCGACAACAGGUGACCUCCUGGGGGUGGGGAGCAAAUGCGGACCAGCGUGUGGUGUGUAACGCCUUCACCGCAGGAGCCUGGGGGUGCCCGGGGCCCCAUGGGCGGGCGCCUACCUUCAGCCCAGGGCAUGACCCCGGGGCCCCGGGAUUGAGUCCCGCAUCGGGCUCCCUGCAUGGAGCCUGCUUCUCCCUCUGCCUGUGUCUCGGCCUCUGUCUGUCGUGAAUAAAUAAAAUCUUUAAACAAAAAUAAAGA